AUGAAAAAAAAUAAAGAUUUUAAAAACUUAACCGAAGCAGAAAUAAUUGCUCGUUUGGAUAGCGAUAAUUAUGAAGGAGGGAAUAUUGGUUUGCUCGAAAAUCCUACUUUGGAAGAAAGGACUAAAUAUAAACUCUGUAAAUCAAUUUUGACCUACCAACUAAAAAAUAAAUUGCCUUUAGAGCAAGUAGCCGAAAAGUUAGCAAUUUCCGAAGAGGAGUUGUAUGAUAUUUGCCGAGGCAAGAUAAAUGAUUUUUCUAUUGCUCGAUUAAUAUUCUACUUGGAAAAAUUAACUCCUAAUUAUGAUUUAUUGCAUGGUCGUGCUUUGACCGGAGCCGAAAGAGUUAGAGUCAUGCGAGCCAAGACAAUUUUGGCCACUGCUCCAAUAACUAGCAUUAAAUACAAAAAGGCUUUGGAUCAAUUAAAGGAAUUAUACAGCGAAGGUGUUAAUCCGAAUAAAACAAAAACCGAAUUAAAAGACCGAUACGGUCAAAGGAGCAUGAAUUAUCCCCUUCAAUCCCAGUUAAAAAUCUUUGAAAAGACCCUACUUGCUAAACAAAAAGUAGCCAAUCAAGCCUAUUUUCAGCAAUUGAUUAAAACUGAACUUAGUAAACUUCUUAAAACUUUACCCAAAGGAGUAGAUAAAGAAGAAGUUUUGAAAUAUGUUCAGGAUAUCACUAGUUCUUCUAACUUUCAAAAAGAAGUUAAAGAAGUAGCGAUAGAAACCGUUUACGAGUUUUUUGGCAAAACUAACUUCAAAAAUGACAAUCAAAAUCUGAAACAAUCUUUAACUGAUGGCGAGGCUAAAACCAUUACUUCCCAAUUGGUAGAAGAAAAGUUAGGAGGUAAAGAAAAAUUCCAAGAGGGAGUUUACCGAGCCAAAUCCCAAAUAGUUCAAGCGGUAGUAAAAGAAUUAAAAGCCAAAGGGGUAAUCCUAAAAGAACUGCGGAAUAUUAUUGGUCAAGAAAAGUUUUAUUCCGAUGAACCAGCCGAUAGCAUUCCCAAAGGUCGAGAAGGUUAUUACAAAAAGGAUAAAGAAAUUGCCCUGCUCCAAGCCGAAGCCAACGCCAAAAUUAAAGCGAUUGAAUCUGAUGUAAAAACUGCGGAAGGGGUUUAUAAAGAUGCUCUCUUGAAAGGUGAAGAAAUUGUCGGUGGUGAUUUUACUAAAUUAGAGGAAAACCAAAUUAAUAAAGCUCCCACCCCAGAAAAAAUCCAAGCAGUUUUAAAGGAUAUUCCGAUAACAAUUGACGUCAAAGCACUUUAUCAAUUGAAUCCGAAUGGCUUAAUUAACAAUGACAAAGUUAUUGAAAACUACACCACUAAAGUAUUGGUGAUGGGUAAGGAAUACCAACAAACUACCACCCAUUUAGAAACUUUAAAACAUUCGGCGGAAGAAGUCGAUAAAGUUCACGAAUUUAUUGUCAAAAGAAUAGAAACGGAAACUAAUUUAAACAAAUUUCCCGCUGACAGCGAAACCCAAACUACUUACCAAGAAAAAAAAGUUCCUGAUACCCGUAGUUGGGAAGAAGUUGGGAAAAUUAGAGAUAACAAAAUAAAAACUGCCCCGACUGGUCUUCCAAAUACCGGUCAAGACCAAAGAAAAGCCUUUGACAAUGGAAUUACCAACAUUGAAGUCUUAAAAGUCAAUAAGCAAGAUAUCGAUCAGGAAAUCGCCAAAGUCGACAAUCUAGUCAAACAAAUCAACUCUUAUCAAUAUUUACGAGAUUUAGACGCUAAUCAAGCCACUAUUGUUCAACAAUUCCAAGCACUAAAAACUAAUCUUUUACCACCAACUAAACCCCAAGAAAUCACCACUGCCCUUACCAAACAAAGAGAAAAUCUGUGA